AUGGCAAGCACUGCGACAAGUCCGGCUGCCGAGGCGGGAAGCAAGGCUGUGGCGGCCAUGCGUGAGGCGCUGGUGGCUGCCGGUGCCGACGCGUACUACCUCCCGCACGGCGACGAGCAUGCCAACGAGUACCUCUCGCCGCACCACGAGCGCAUUGCCUUUGUCUCGGGUUUCACCGGCUCGGCCGGCACGGUGGUGGUCACCGCCACGCAGACGCUGCUGUGGACCGACGGUCGGUACUACCUCCAGGCUGAGAACCAGCUGUACCCCGGCUGGAAGCUGAUGCGAAGCCAUGCCGAGCUCGCGCCAGGCGCCUGGCUCAAGGCUGAGGGGCACACCCGCGUCGCCUCGCCGGCGUCCACGCUCGGCCACGCCACCGCCGCCAGGCUCAAGGCCCACGGGUGCUCGCUGGCCUUGCUCGACGACAAUCCGGUCGACAGCGUGUGGAACGCGUCUGGCUCGCGCCCCCUUCCCGCCCGCGCCCCGAUCGUCCCGCUCGCCACCACGUACACCGGUGAAGACGCCGCCUCCAAGAUCGCACGCAUCUCUGCUGCUGUGCACUCUGCAGGCUACGCUGCUGUCCUUGUCACCGCUCUCGACGAGAUCGCAUGGCUCCUCAACUGCCGAGGCUCCGACAUCCCGUACAACCCCGUGUUCCUCAGCGUUGCGCUCGUGCUCACGCCUGAAGCCAAGACCCAGCUCGACGCCUCGCACGCGGUCACGCUUUGGCUGGACGACCCGAACGGAUGCCGGCUCGACGAGGAGGGACGCUCUUCGCUUGCUGCCGCCAACGUCAACAUCGUCCCGGUCCUCAAUCAAGCCCACAUCGCGACCGCGCUCGAGGCUGCCGCCGCUGCCGGCAACGUCUGGCUCGACGGCAGGACAGUGCCGAUGGCGUACGCAAGCGUUGUGGAAUGCAAGGCUCAGAGCGCCACAUCACCAAUCAACGACGCCAAGUCGAUCAAGAAUGCGACCGAGCUCGAAGGCCUACGCGCGUGCCACCUCCGCGACGGCGCGGCCCUGACUCGGUUCAUGUACGCGCUCGAGUCCCGCAUCUCAGCCGGCGACACACUCUCCGAGUGCGAAGCGGCGGCCAUGCUUGAGCAUGAGCGCUCAAUCGAAGCCGACUACGUCUCGCUCUCGUUUGAAACCAUCUCGUCGUCGGGGCCAAACGGUGCGGUCAUCCACUACGCGCCGCAAGCCGAGACCGCGCGGGUACUCGCGGCCGACGAGCCUUACCUGGUUGACUCGGGCGGACAGUAUCUCGACGGCACGACCGAUGUGACACGGUGCCGCGUCUUUUCUUCUCCAUCGGCACACAUGAAGCGGUGCUACACCCGGGUCCUGCAGGGCCACAUCGCGCUCGCCACAGCCUAUCUUUGGCGCGAUGGCCUCGACUACCGCCACGGCACCGGCCAUGGCGUCGGCGCGUACCUUAACGUCCACGAAGGCCCGCAUCUCAUUUCCUACCGCGCCGCCGCCAACAACCCGCCGCUCAAGGCUGGUAUGACCGUCACCAACGAGCCCGGGUACUACGAGGACGGCGCGUUUGGCUUCCGCAUCGAGAACGUCAUGCUUGUGGUGCCCGCCGCUACGCCGCACAACUUUGACGCCACAGACUUUCUUGCUUUCGAAACCAUCACCUUUGCGCCGCUUGCCCGCGAUCUCAUCGACGUGGCCCUCCUCUCGCAAGCCGAGCGCGACUGGGUCGACGCCUACCAUCAGCAGGUGCUCGACCACCUGACCCCGCGCAUGGCCAGCGACGAGCAGCGGGCCUGGCUUGGCCAAGCUUGUGCCUCUCUCGGUGCCUAGUAGCAUUAAAGCGUGCGUUCUGU